UGGGUGAACAGAAUUCUCCAUGCUUCUACCACUAACUAAGUAUAAGUGCUCUACUCUUUUGAAAUAGGGAGUGUUAAUCCCCGUUCAUUCUAAAUAUUACAGGCCUAACCAGAUGUGACUGGCCAUGGAAUGUAUGUACUAUGAUGUGCUGACACAAACAUAUGGUCUUUUGUUCUUGAUUCCACAAUGUCACGCGAAAGUCAAAUGACUAGUAGUAGAUCGAGCGGAAAAAGCUUGGAACCACCACACCACCACUCGCAAUUUUAUCAUCUUCUAUGUGUACCCCAUGAUACAUUUCAUACAUUUCGAAAGCUCAGACAGAACAAUAUUUUGGCCUCCCUGUGACUCUUAUAAACAGUCGCCUCUCAAGAUGGUGUAACCUCUCCAAAUGCUCCUGGCUGCUCUUUUGCUUUUCAAGCUGUGCGCAAGCAUCGCACUCCCAAGAUCGACUUCAGCUUCUUCAAUCUUAGCAGGGAAUGUCGUCAACACAGGAUACGCUAAAUAUCAAGGGAAUCGUUCGUUUGAGAACACUGUCGCUUACCUGGGAAUUCCUUACGCAGAGCCGCCUGUUGGAGAUCGACGUUUUCGCGCCCCAUUACCUCUGAAUAUAGGACGUAUCGAAGCAGAGACUAGUGGGAAGAUUCUGAAUGCCACACAGUAUCCAGACUUUUGCGUACAAGGAAAUACUGGUGCCGGCGAUGCUGGAGGUGCUGGAACCGAAGAUUGCCUCAAAUUAAACGUAUAUGCGCCCUUCGGUGCAAAGAAGGGCGACAACUUUCCUGUACUUGUAUAUUUUCAUGGAGGAGGCUACGUUUACGGCAAUCCUGCCAACUGGCCGUUCGACGGAUGGAUCAAUCAAAGCCCAAAUGUGAUCGUUGUAUCCGUUUAUUACAGACUCGACUCAUUCGGGUUCCUUGCUGUGCCCGAAUUCGAGGAUCCCCGUAUCGGUGAUUUCAACACUGGGUUCCAAGACCAAAUACAAUCUUUGCGAUGGAUCCAGACUUACAUCACCUCUUUCGGAGGGGAUCCCAGUAAGGUCACAAUUAAUGGGCAAAGCGCCGGAGGGGGAUCUGUUGAACUUCACCUCAUCGCCAAUCAUGAAGGAGAACACCUAUUUUCCGGAGGAAUUGUGCAAAGUGCCUACCGUGUUCCGACUGCGACUCCUGCACAACAACAGUCGUUGUUCGCCUUCUACGCAAUUCAUGCGGGUUGUGGAAUUGGCUCGGUUGCUGUUCAGGUGGCAUGCUUGCGGAAUGCCAGUAUUAGUGCUCUGGCUCGCGCUCAGGACGCAGCAGCGACUUCUGGAUUGACAUAUAAUGCUUUCCAUCCGGUCCUGGAUGGGAAGAUCAUCACCGAUUAUCCUUCGAAUCUAGUCUUGAAGGGAGAAUUUGCUCAAGUGCCGCUCAUUGUUGGCGCUACCUCGAAUGAAACUGUCCUUGGAGGCAACAACUUUACACAAGCAUUGCAAGAAGCCUUUCCAGGACUGACUUCCGUCGAUCUAGAAGAGUUCGUUAAAGAGUAUCCAUUGAGCGAAUUCGACUCAACUAGCCAACAAUUCCAAGUGGCCACAGGAGAAUCUAUCUUGAUCUGUUCCCGUGAAAUCCUUGGAGGAGCAUAUGCUCAUGCGACCAAAGCCUGGACAUAUCGAUAUAACCAACCCAAUCCUACGUCCGGAAGCCCGGCUGUGGGGCAUGCAGCAGAGAAUUGGAUGAUGUUUGACGGCAUAAAUACAGGAUUCAAUGGCACAGGAACAUUUACACCAAUGUCUCCUGUAGAAAAGGCCUUUGCAGCUGAACUCGUCGCAUACUGGCUCUCCUUUGUGCGCUCUGGCGACCCCAACACGUUCAAGCUAGAUAGAUCGCCAACUUGGGAGGAGUACCUCACCACUGGCAAUCAUCCAAAGCAGAGAAUCGUAUUGCAGCAACCGAUAAACAAUUCGACCACAGUAAGCGGGAGUUUCAUCGAGAUGGAGCCAGCGGUUGAAAGCGGGCGUUGUGCCUUUGUGGCAACAAAGAUUCGACAAGAACAGAAUUGAUUGAUAGGUUAUUUUCAUAUGUGGUCCAUGGACAGCAUUAGAUGACGAGUGAUACACUGAAAUAUCAUGGCUGUAAUGCCGUCCGUACUCCGAGUCCAGCCUUCAACUGAGGCACGGCGACUCCUUAUCAUCUUAUCCUUGUCCUCUACUUAUUUUCUUCCUCGCGUCCUAUCAAACCUUACGCAAUGAUAUCUGUCCCAAGAAUGCAGUGAGUGCCUGUCCUAAACCCCCUUCAAUUGCGACAUGUACAAUGUUCGUAAGUACCUAUCUGA